CAGUAAGGCCAUGAGGCCGCCAGAUGGUGGUCGAGGCCGCGGCUCCGAGGGCACUGCCCGGGCAAGUUGGAGCCGCGAGGGCCCGCGGGUCCCAGGGCGGUCCCAGUAGCCCUAGCGCAAGUGACCUGGACGCCGCUGCCUCCUGCCCGAACCAUGACCCAGCCCGUGCCCCGGCUCUCUGUGCCCGCCGCGCUGGCCCUAGGCUCGGCCGCGCUGGCCGCUGCCUUCGCCAGCGGCCUCUUCCUGGGGAGAUGGUUCCCUCCAUGGCGAUCCCGGCGAGAGAAGCGCCUGCUGCCCCCUGAGGACAGCCCCCUGUGGCAGUAUCUGCUGAGCCGCUCCAUGCGGGAGCACCCGGCGCUGCGGAGCCUGCGGCUGCUGACCUUGGAGCAGCCGCAGGGGGAUUCCAUGAUGACCUGUGAGCAGGCCCAGCUCUUGGCCAACCUGGCUCGCCUCAUCAAGGCUAAGAAGGCACUGGACCUUGGCACUUUCACAGGCUACUCGGCCCUAGCGCUGGCCCUAGCGCUGCCCCCGGCCGGGCGCGUGGUGACCUGCGAGGUGGACGCAGGGCCCCCGGAGCUGGGACGUCCCCUGUGGAGGCAGGCCGAGGUGGAGCACAAGAUCGAACUUCGGUUGAAACCCGCUCUGGAGACCCUGGAUGAGCUCCUGGCAGCGGGCGAGGCCGGCACCUUCGACUUGGCCGUGGUGGAUGCGGACAAGGAGAACUGCACCGCCUACUACGAACGGUGCCUGCAGCUGCUGCGACCCGGAGGUGUCCUCGCUGUGCUCAGUGUCCUGUGGCGUGGAGAGGUGUUGCAGCCUAAACCGCAGGACAAGGCGGCCCAGUGUGUGCGAAACCUGAAUGAGCGCAUUCUGCGGGACGCCAGGGUCCACAUCAGCCUCCUGCCCCUGGGCGACGGCCUCACCUUAGCCUUCAAGAUCUAGGGCUGGCCCCUACCGAGUGGCCUCAAGGGAGGGGCCCUGGGACCCCCAGCCAUUGACACCGAGUUUUAAAUCUGACAAUAAAGUGAGGCCUGGGACACGACAAUCUUCUGAGCCUCCGUAUGUGCUGAAGUGGGGUAGGGAGUGAAGGCCCCGCACUGGCUACAUCUUCAACAAAAGGGAGCCUUGAGGCCACAGAUGUUCAUCCCCUCCCUGGCACACUCCUGAGGACACUCUGGCACCAGGGCUGUAGCCUGACCACAGGAGCUUCCAGCUGACUGGAAGCAGGAUUAUCAAAAGUUUUAAUUGGGGCUUCCCUGGUGGCGCAGUGGUUGAGAGUCCGCCUGCCAAUGCAGGGGACCCGGGUUCAUGCCCCGGUCCGGUAAGGUCCCACAUGCCACGGAGCAGCUGGGCCCGUGAGCCAUGGCCGCUGAGCCUGCGCGUCUGGAGCCUGUGCUCCGCAACGGGAGAGGCCACAACAGUGAGAGGCCCGCGUACCGCAAAAAAAAAAAGUUUUAAUUGACCUGCCCACAUGCAGUUGGUCAGAAACCCCAGCUCCUUGUGGAGAUUUGCCUCCACAGGACCUGAGGGCUGGCAACCUGGUAGAGCCCCUGUGGUCUCCCUCUGACACCUCUUCCUAAGAAGGGCAAAUGACUAAAGUUCCUGUUCAGUGCAGCUGGAACCGGUGGAGACCAAUCUGGGAUCUGAUGGCAGGAAAAGGGCCUUGCUCCAUGUAAGUGUUGUAGGUUACGCCAAUUCUGCUGGCCGUUUGCCCAGUUGUCACAGAACUGUCAGCUUGGCCUCACCUCUGCAGUGGAGGCCCUGGUCAACAUCACCUGAGACCAGGCCACUUGACUUAGGCCUGAGGACCUCAAGGUUGACUGGAGUAUGUAUCCUCUCCUCCCCAUGAAGUCCAUGAAGAACAUGAGACACUGAGUGGGAUCACUGGCCAGAGGUGUGAAGCAGACAGGCCAAUAGGUAGGAGGCAAUUUUUAACAAGUUCCCCAGAGGAAGAUGAAGAGGAAGUUAAGCUUUCCAACACAAACAUCUAUGAGCCUAUGAGCCCAGGUGGAGAGGGAGCCAGGUGCUUCACUCUGUGGUUUAAACCUCCACAAUCCAUAGGAAGAUCUUAUCUCCACACCACAAAUGAAGAUCAGGCUCAGAUAUGAAGUGUCCUUUCCACCAACACUGCCUCAGGCCUCAGGCAGAAAUGGCAUCAGCCUAGAAUUAGGUUUUGCCACCAUCUGUUAGGCCUGGGUGGUGGAACUGAACCUGGAGGCUGCUGAUUAAUAAAUUAAUCAUCUAUUAAUUUCUAACAUAUCAAGGCCACAGGAGCCCCAUGAGCCCACAGCUGGCAACUUUCAUAACCCUACAGUAUUUGGGAUAUAUACUUGCAUUUCAGACAACCCUCAGGAACCUGGCUGUAAACUAUCCUUCUCUCUCCUACUUAUAAAAGUAUAUAAGAAGCACAUGGGUGAAUAGGUCCAUUUUACUCUUAAGUAUCCUGAAAACACAAGAGCUGCUUUCAUACCUAGCUUGCAGACAGCCUUUCCUGUUUUUCUUCUUACCUAGCAAUAGGUCCUGCCUGAUUCAAACAAACUGGUUCAAAUUCCAACUUACUGCCAUUAAGUUAUGUGUCUUAUUCCAUGGGCCAUUCCAGCCAGUCCCUUAGGACAAACAGAUCAGAAGGGGCCUUUGUGCCCCCCAUUCCACCUGUAUGGAAAGCUUGUUUGGGUUGCUAAUCUCUCAUCAGAUUCUUCUUGACCUGGAAAUUUUCAGCAUGUAUCACUUUUUGGGUAAUAAGUAAGUACUACAUUUUCUUAUCUGUUCUGACUUCAAACUAUACCACAGAUCUAGUAUUAUGAAUUUGUUCAACAAAACCCUUCUCUAACCUUUGAUGGUAUCUUUCUAACACUUCUGCCAUCAAAAUUCCUCUUUCCUACUUUUCCAACCAAAUCAUCUAUUAAUUUCUAUCAUUCAGCUCAAGUCCAGAUUAAGGCCAAUGGCCACAUAGCCUGAAGGCACUCUGGUCACAAACUUAGGCCCAAGCUUCUCAGUGCCUGCCUGAAAAGAAACGAGUAACGACCUCUCACUGGGGCCCAUACACUUGCAUUCUACAGACCCUCUGGGUAUUGACACUGUCUGUCUACGCCUUACUCCCUUUCCCUACACCUCGUCCCAUCCUACCUAACUAGGGCCUGGAUCAUUUCCAAAGCAAUAACCCAAAGGGGUGUGGUGGGUGUAUACAACCUUCAGCACCAUCCCUUCAUUUCUCUUUUUUCAGCACUUGCUAACUCUUCCUGGAGUUCAUGAUGAUCCAAUGUAAUUUUUCAAAUUUACAAACUGAAGAUAUGAAGGCAUAUAUCUUCUUACUUUAUUGUAGUCUAAAAAUCUCAUGGAGUUACUCUCGGGUCAGAGGACUCUGUGGCACAGAUUCAUGAAAAGAGCAAAAUAAAUGCUCACUGGAAAAAUAAAGUACUAGCUAGAAACAAGGAAGAUUUGACCCUAGCUGCCAAGUUUUUAACUCUGCAAAUACUUAAGAGUCAUUAAUUAUGUAUACUUGUUUUAUUCAUAAUUUGUAAUGUUUUGGGAUACCAAAAGUAAUUCUAAUGAUGGUUGAAAUUAACAAAAAAUUUUAACCUCAUCUUAAAACAUCCACUGAUCCAUCUCAUUCAAUGGCAAUAUUCAAUGUUAAAAGAAACAUAAAAACAAACAUGCACACAAUUGCACAGUUUUCAUAAAGGUCUAUUUCAUUAUUGGUGGGUAGCGCAUUUAACAGUUAAAUACAUUUAAAUAAUGUAUAGGUGACUGCACGACUGCAGCAUUGGUAACUAGAUAGAUAACCAAUUCAACUAGAAACCAGCUAACAAGUAACUGCCUAAAUAUUUAAAAUACAGCUCUUGUUUAGAUCAUCCUUUGUUUUGAUCACCUUCUUGGGUGGGGGUGGGGGGGAAGCCUGCUGGUCACACUGGAAAUAUAUUAAGGCCAAAUCUUCUGAUGUCCAUUCCCAGAGGUUUCUUUCAGCUGGAUUAAGCCUCCAGCUCCAGGGCAAGCCCAAGUUUGUGGCCUCCAGCAUUAAUGCUCUUCCCAUCUACCAGAGCAGACAGUGUAAGCUUCACACCUGUAAACAAAAGCAGACAACUAUCAAGUGCCUGAAACACCUCAUGGGAGUCUGCAGUCACGCCACAACCUGUCACUUUUCCUCAGCUUGUCAGAUGACCUACUAGUGCCAGCCACCAGAGGGCGCUUGGGAGUAUCUGAGACACCAGACAAUUCAUUUGCACAUCCACAGUAAGGAAGGAAUGAAGUCCCAGAGCAUAAGAACUUCAUAAUAAAGCUCAAACAGCUCUGGAAAAUACAAUCAUGUUCAAUACACUAUCCAGACUAAAUGACAACCAUAACUGGAUCCUGGAAAGGAAAAGCUACAAUUAAGAGACACUUAGGACAAGUGCAGAAAUCCAAAUAUAUACUAUAUAUUAGGUAUAAUUUCAAACUGUUAAUUCCCUUAGCUGUGAAAACAGUAUUAUAGUUAUGAUGUCUUUAUAAUGAUGCAGUUAAAAAUGUCUUACUCUCAUGAUAUGUAUGCUAGGGCUGAUGUGUCUAUGUGCUUGGAAAACAUUUAAAUAAUUCAUAAGGAUAUGUGGGGAAAAAAGAAAAGAAGGAUUAUGUAUAGAGACAUGGAGAGAUAAUAAAAACAAAAUAAAUGUUAGUAAUUGGUCAACGUGGGGAAGGUAUGAGUGUUCGUGGUACCAUUCUUUUCUUUAGGUUUCAAAACAGUCAAAAAGUCUGGGGAAAAAGUUCGAAGUGCUUUAGAACCUUGCUCUUCAACUGGUGGUUCAAGAACCAGCAACACUGGCAUCACCUAAGAGCUUGUUAGAAAGUCAGAACCCCUCGCCCCAGACCUAUGUAUUUUAAUAAGAUUCCCAAGGUGAUUCAUGCACACACUGGUAUUUGAGAAGUACUGCUCCAGAAAACACAGCAAGGCUCAAAAAUACUAUGUAAAGUAAAUGAGACUAUAGAGACCAAACAACCAAAGCAAUGAGUGAACUAUGACUGGAGAAAUAAAAAUUACUACAAGACAUUUCAGGUACAAGUGAGGAAAGUAAAUAGAGAACGGAUAUUAAGUAAUAAUAUGGAAUCACUGUUAACUUUCUCAGGUGUGAUAACAGUAUUGUGGUUAUGCAGGACAAUGUUCUUAUUCUGAGGAGAUGCAUGCUGAAGCAUUUAGGGAAAUGUCAUGAUAGCUGCAAUUCCCAAACAGCCCACCAUAAAAAAAAAAGGAAAGGAAUAAAAAACUGUGGCAAAAGGUAAAUGUGUUCACUGUACUUUCUGUCAAUUCUUCUGUAUGCUUGAAAGGUUUGGAAAAGAAGCAGCUGAAUCUUGAGAAAGACAAACGAGUUGGAGGAAUCAGGCUCCCCAACUUCAAACUAUACCACAAACCUACAGUAAUCAAGACAGUAUGGUACUGGCACAAAAACAGAAAUAUAGAUCAAUGGUACAGGAUAGAAUGCCCAAAGAUAAACCCACGCACAUACUGACACCUAAUUUAUGACAAAGGAGGCAAGAACAUACAGUGGAGAAAAGACAGCCUCUUCAAUAAGUGGUGCUGGGAAAACUGGACAGCUACAUGUAAAAGAAUGAAGUUAGAACACUACCUAACACCAUACACAAAAAUAAACUCCAAAUGGAUUAAAGACUUGAAUGUAAGACCAGACACUAUAAAACUUUUAGAGGAAAAACACUCUUUGACAUAAACCACAGCAAGAUCUUUUUUGACCCACCUCCUAGAGUAACAGAAAUAAAAACAAAAAGAAACAAAUGGGACUUAAUUAAACUUUUUGUGCAGCAAAGGAAACCAUAAACAGGACAAAAAGACAACCCUCAGAAUGGGAGAACAUAUCUGCAAUUGAAACAACAAAGGAUUAACCUCAAAAUAUACAAACAGCUCAUGGAGCUUAAUAUCAAAAAAACAAACAAUCCAGUUAAAAAAUGAGCAGAAGAGGAGCGCUUCCCUGGUGGCGCAGUGGUUGAGAGUCCGCCUGCUGAUGCAGGGGACACGGGUUCGUGCCCCAGUCUGGGAAGAUCCCACAUGCCAUGGAGCGGCUGGGCCCGUGAGCCAUGGCCGCUGAGCCUGCGCGUCCGGAGCCUGUGCUCCGUAACGGGAGAGGCCACAACAGUGAGAGGCCCGCGUACGGCAAAAAAAAAAAAAAAAAUGAGCAGAAGACCUAAAUAGACAUUUCACAAGGAAGACAUACAGAUGGCCAAGAGGCACAUGAAAAGAUGCUCAACACCAGUAAUUAUUAGAGAAAAGCAAGUCAAAACUGCAAUGAGGUAUCACCUCACACUGGUCAGAAUGGCCAUUAUCAAAAGCUAAAAACAAUCAAUGCUGGAAAGGGUGUGGUGAAAAGGGAACCCUCUUGCACUGUUGGUGGGAAUGUAAAUUGAUACAACCACUAUGGAGGACAGUAUGGAGGUUCCUUAAAAAACUAAAAAUAGAACUACCAUAUGACCCAGCAAUCCCACUACUGGGCAUAUACCCUGAGAAAACCAGACACAUGCACCCCAAUGUUCACUGCAAGCACCAUUUACAAUAGCCAGGACAUAGAACCAACCUAGAUGUCCAUCGACAGAUGAAUGGAUGAAGAAGAUGUGGCACAUAUAUACAAUGGAAUAUUACUCAGUCAUAAAAAGAAACGAAAUUGAGUUAUUUGCAGUGAGGUAGAUGGACCUAGAGUCUGUCAUACAGAGUGAAGUAAGUCAGAAAGAGAAAAACAAAUACCAUAUGCUAAAGCAUACAUAUGGAAUCUUAAAAAAAAAGAAAAAAUGGUACUGAUGAAUCUGGUUGCAGGGCAGGAAUAAAGAGGUAGACAUAAGAGAACGGACUUGAUGAC